AUGAAGUCUAACGGCCGUCUAGCUGUCUCUGUCGGAUGGAAUACAUACGAGCAGCUGAAUCAGAGCUGCGUGCUCUAUGGCACAUCCGCGGACAAUUUGUCUCAAAAGUCGUGCUCGACGAAGUCGACGACUUACACGACAUCGAGGACUUGGUCCAAUGCCGCGAUCCUCAGUGGCCUAACGCCGGCAACGACGUACUAUUACAAGAUUGUAUCUACUAACUCCACCGUCGAUCACUUCCUCAGCCCGCGCACACCUGGCGAUAAGACAGCUUUCACCAUGAACGUGGUUAUUGACUUGGGUGUCUACGGCAAAGAUGGAUUCACCGUCAGCAAGAAGAAGGACACAAUCCCCGUCGUUCUACCUGAACUUAACCACACCACGAUCGGCCGUCUGGCACAGACUGUUGACGACUACGAGAUUGUCAUUCACCCCGGUGAUUUUGGCUACUCGGACGACUGGUAUCUGAAGUUCAAGAAUAUCCUGCAAGGUAAGGAAGCAUACCAGGCAAUCCUGGAGCAGUUCUACGACCAACUCGCACCCAUUGCUGGUCGCAAGCUGUACAUGGCUAGUCCCGGAAACCACGAAGCCGACUGUUCGGAGAUCCCAUACCUUUUGGAGCUUUGCCCCGAGGGCCAGAAGAACUUCACAGACUUCAUGCACCGUUUCGAAAAUACGAUGCCCGUAGCUUUCGCCUCAGUCUAUCGAACCCCCCCAUUCUGGUACUCCUUCGAUUAUGGAUCUGCGCACGUUGUUAUGAUUGAUACUGAAACCGACUUCCCCAACGCUCCCGACGGGACUGAUGGUUCGGCAAAGCUCGACAGUGGCCCCUUCGGGAAGUCCGGACAGCAGCUUGAAUUCCUGAAGGCUGAUCUCGCCAGCGUCGAUCGCACCGUUACCCCAUGGGUCGUCGUCGCAGGACACCGCCCGUGGUACUCCACCGGCUCUGGAAACACAUGCGAUUCAUGCCAGGAGGCAUUCGAGAGUAUCUUCUACCAGUAUGGCGUUGACUUGGGUGUCUUCGGUCACGUUCACAAUUCCCAGCGCUUCCUCCCGGUCGUCAACGGAACCGCGGAUCCGAACGGAAUGAAGAACCCCAAGGCUCCCAUGUACAUUGUCGCUGGUGGUGCUGGAAAUAUUGAGGGUCUGAGCAGCGUUGGAACUAAGCCGUCUUACACCGAGUUUGCCUAUGCGGAUGCUUACAGCUAUGCUUCCAUCACCUUUGUCGAUGAGCAGAACUUGAAGGUUGAUUUCAUCAGCUCUUCUACCGGCGCUGUUUUGGAUUCGAGCACGCUGUACAAGGAGCACAAUGUUCAAUUUGUGCAGCAGUAG